GGGGGCCCGCGGCCAAUGGGGCCGCGCGGCGGGGCCGGGGGCGGGGCCGUGCGCGGGGGCGCCGCCGUUGCCGUGCGCGCCGCCGGGGGCGGGCGGGCGUCGGGGCCGCCGAGAGGCCGGAGCGGGCCCUGCCCGCGCGGGACGGGGCCGGGGAGCCGCGGGCCCCCCCCGCCCAGGGCAGCCGCCAUGGUGGGCGCGCAGCAGCCAGAGCUGGCAGGGGGCCGGGCGGCGUCGGGCAGCGGGGAGCACCCCUACGAGUGCCUGGAGUGCGGCAAGGUCUUCAAGUGGUCGUCGCGCCUCAUCCACCACCAGCGCACCCACACGGGCGAGCGGCCCUACAAGUGCUCCGAGUGCCCCAAGGCCUUCAAGGGCUCCUCGGCGCUGCUCUACCACCAGCGCAGCCACACGGGCGAGCGGCCCUACAAGUGCUCCGAGUGCGGCAAGGCCUUCAAGCGCUCCUCGCUGCUGCAGAUCCACCAGAGCGUGCACACGGGGCUGCGCGCCUUCAAGUGCGCGCUCUGCGGCAUGGCCUUCAAGUGGUCCUCGCACUACCAGUACCACCUGCGGCAGCACACGGGCGAGCGGCCCUACAAGUGCAGCGCCUGCCCCAAGGCCUUCAAGAACUCCUCCAGCCUCCGCCGGCACCGCCACAUCCACACGGGCGAGCGGCCCUACGUCUGCGCCGCCUGCGGCAAGGCCUUCACCCAGUCCACCAACCUGCGCCAGCACCAGCGCACCCACACGGGCGAGCGGCCCUACGCCUGCGCCCACUGCGGCAAGACCUUCACCCACUCCUCCAACCUCCUCCUGCACCAGCGUACCCACGCCGCCGCCAGGCCCCACAAGUGCCCGGCCUGCCCCAAGGCCUUUGUCUCGGACGCCUGCCUGCAGAAGCACCUGCAGAGCCACGCCGCGCCGCCCCCGCCGCAGCCCCCGCCGCUGCUGCUGGAGGCGGUGGAGGCGGUGGGGAUGCUCUGGAAGUGCGGCGAGUGCCAGCUCGCCUUUGCCACCCAGGAGCUGCUGCUGGGCCACCAGCGCGGCCACCUCCGGCCGGACACGCCGGGGGAGACGGCGGCGACGCCAGCAGCCCACCGCUGCCCCACCUGCGGCAAGACCUUCAAGAACGGCUCGGGGCUGGCACGGCACCGGCACAGCCACGCCGCCGAGCGGCCCUACAAGUGCUCGCUGUGCCACAAGAGCUUCGGGCAGCUGGCCGGGCUGCUGGGCCACCAGCGGGGCCACUCGGCCGAGCAGCACCCACCGCCGGCGCAGCCGGAGGCCCCGCGGCCCCAACCGGUGCCGAGCGCAGUGGCCCCGGCCCCGGCCGAGCGCCCCUACCAGUGCACCGAGUGCGGCAAAGCCUUCAAGGGCUCCUCGGGGCUGCGCUACCACAUGCGGGACCACACGGGCGAGCGGCCCUACAAGUGCUCCGAGUGCCCCAAGGCCUUCAAGCGCUCCUCGCUGCUCGCCAUCCACCAGCGGGUGCACACGGGGCUGCGCGCCUUCAAGUGUGCCGAGUGCGGGCUGACCUUCAAGUGGUCCUCGCACUACCAGUACCACCUGCGGCUGCACACGGGCGAGCGGCCCUACGCCUGCCCCGACUGCCCCAAGGCCUUCAAGAACACCUCGUGCCUCCGCCGGCACCGGCAGCUGCACACGGGCGAGCGGCCCCACGCCUGCCCGGUGUGCGGCAAGGCCUUCGCGCAGACCUCCAACCUGCGCCAGCACCAGCGCACCCACACGGGCGAGCGGCCCUACGCCUGCGCCCACUGCGGCAAGACCUUCACCCACUCCUCCAACCUCCAGCUCCACCAGCGCACCCACUCCAGCGCCCGCCCCCACCAGUGCCCGCUCUGCCCCAAGGCCUUCGUCAUGGCCUCCUACCUCCAGCGCCACCUCCGCACCCACGCCGCCGGCCCCAAGGGACCCCCCCGCGCCGCCCCCCGCGACGGCCCCGUCCUGCAGGCCACCCUCAGCCUGGAGGUGGCGGCCCCCGACGCCCAGACCUUCCUGCUGGUGCAGACGGCGCAGGGCCUGCAGCUCAUCCCCAGCCCCCCGCCGCCCCCGCAGAAGCUUAUCCUGCUCCCCGCUGCCCCACGGCCGCCCCCCGAGCCCACCCCACGCCAGGGGGAGCCUCCGGGGCCCGGGCAGAGCCUCCUGCUGGUGCCCGGCACGGGGACGGCCCUGCCCGGGCUGCGGCUGCAGGCGGUGGCUGGCACCACACAGGGACCAAGUCCCGGUGUCCUCCUCCUGCAGGGCCUCCCUGAGCAGCCCCCACGCCAGGCAGGUGCCCCCCAGGGACAGGCAGCAGCAGAGGGGGCAAGCGUCCAGCUGGGAGCCCUGCCACAGCCCUCGGAUGUCACCAGCGUCCAGGUGCAGGCUGCUGAGGUGGCCAGCGUCCAGCUGCAGGCCACCGAGGUGGCCAACGUGGCCAAUGUCCAGCUCCAGGCCCUGCCACAACCCUCGGAGGUGGCCAACAUCCAUCUCCAAGCCCUGCCGCAGCCCUCUAAGGUCACCAACAUCCAGCUUCAAGCCGCUGAGGUGGCCAACGUGCACCUCCAAGCCUUGUCACAACCCUCGGACGUCACCAACAUCCAGCUGCAGGCCACCGAGGUGGCCAACGUGGCCAACGUCCACCUCCAAGCCUUGUCGCAGCCCUCGGAGGUGGCCAACGUGCAGCUCCAGGCGUUGCCGCAGCCCUCAAAGGUCACCAACAUCCAGCUCCAGGCCACCGAGGUGGCCAACGUGGCCAACGUCCACCUCCAAGCCCUGUCGCAGCCCUCGGAGGUGGCCAACAUCCAGCUGCAGGCCACCGAGGUGGCCGACGUCCAGCUGCAGCCCCCGGAUGUCACCAGCAUCGAGCUGCAGGCCGCCGAGGUGACCAACGUCCAGCUCCAAACCCUGCCACAACCCCCGGGGGUCACCGACAUCGAGCUGCAGGCCACCGAGGUGGCCAAUGUCCAGCUCCAAGCUUUGUCACAGCCAUCUGAGGUGGCCAACGUCCAUCUCCAAGCCACCGAGGUGCCCGACAUCCAGCUGCAGACUUCGGACGUGACCAGUGUCCAACUGGAGACCGCCGAGGUGCCCGGCAUCCACCUCCAAGCCACCGAGGUGCCCAACCUCCACCUUCAAGCCACCCCAGUCCCCAGCGUCCAGCUUCAGACCCUCCCGCAGCCCCCGGAUGCCCCCAGCGUCCACCUGCAGCCCGCAGAGGUGCCCGACCUCCAGCUCCAAGCCCUGGAGGUGCCCGACCUCCACCUGCAGGCCGUGGAGGUGCCCCCGCUCCACCUGCAGCCCCCGGCGGGGGCUCCCCCAGCCCCGCAGCCCCCCGGGGUGCCGCUGCCGGGGGGCUCUCCGGCCCCGGAGGUGCUGCUGGUGCAGGGGGGGGCGGCGCCGGCCAUGGGGCUGGGGGUGCUGCAGACGGCGGAGGGGCUGCGGAGCAUCUUGGUGCUGCGGGGGGCGGGCGCACAGCCCUCGGCCGGGACCCCUGCGGGACCCCCAAAAGUCCUGGUCCUCAGCGGGGAGCCGCGGCGGGGAGAGAGGGGGGCAGCGGGUGGCGAGGGGGGGGCGCAGGCCAUGGUGCAGCUGCUGCCCGGCCCCCCGGCCCCUCAGCUGCCGGCGGUGCAGGGGGUGCAGGCGCUGCCGGGGGCGCAGCUGGUGCACACCUUCUGAGGGGGGGGCGAGCAGCACGGACCCCAUGGCCACCAUGGCCACCCUGCUGCCACCGGGGUGGCCACGCGGACCCCCCAGGGCCACUACAGCCCCCCCAGGGCCACCAUGGCCCCCCCAGGGCUACGGCAGCCCCCACCUCACGGCCACCUCGCAGCCACCCCAUGGCUAAUGUGGGCACCCAAGGGAUCCUGCUGGCCACCCACAGCCACCCAGUGGUCCCAGUGGCCACCCAGUGGCCCCUGCUGGCCACCUAAGGACCCCAGUGCCCACCCAGAGCCACUCAGCGGCCGCAGUGGCUACUCAGGGGCCUCUGCUGGCCACCCAAGGGCCACCCAAGGGCCCCUCCUGGCCACCCACAGCCACCCAGUGGUCCCAGUGGCCACCCUAGGGCCCCUGCUGGCCACCUAGUGGCCCCUGGUGGCCACAAAAAAACCCCAGUGGCCACCCACAGCCACCCAGUGGCCCCUGCUGGCCACCCAAAGACCCCAGUGGCCCGAGUGGCCACUCAGGGGCCUCUACUGGCCACCCACAGCCACCCAGUGGCCACCCAGUGCCCCCAGUGGCCACCCCUCGCAGUGCUGCAGCAGGACGAGGUGGGAGGUGGGGGGGGCCCUAUAAGCACGGGGUUGCGGGAGCCGGGGGGGCAGCGCCGCGGUGGCACCGGCUCCGCCCGGACCCGCCCAAUAAACGGACCCUGCUGGCG